AGCUUGGGUUUCCCUGCUUGGGAGACGGGUAAAGUGACAGGAGAGUGCGGAGGGAGUAGCGGAGCGAGGACGCCUGCAGCACUGAGCCCGAGGCCCCGCGGUUGUCGGCUGCCGGCUCCCGCCCAGCCCCUGGGAGGGGCGGGAGCCCCGCUGCUCCUCAUGGACUAGAGCUUUGGCCCGGGCGGAGGAGAGAUGCCCACCGUGCGCCCGGAGCCCCGCAGCCCUGCAGCCGGCUCGCCGAUGCCCUGAGGGUUCCGGCUCCCGCGCCCAGAACCCACAUUCCGGCUGCACCGUCCCAACGAGACCCCGGGGCUGCCCGGGGCUUGCCCGAGACAGCUGCCGGCCUCCACGCAAGCGGGGUGGCUCUGACCGAGCCGGCCAGGAAAGGGGUGCUCCUCCCGCGGCACCUCCCCGGGGCCCCCGCAGCCCGACACCAUGGACGCCGUGUUAGAGCCCUUCCCAGCAGACAGGCUCUUCCCGGGCUCCAGCUUCCUGGACCUGGGCGAUCUCAACGAGGCCGAUUUCCUGAGCAAUGCGCACUUCCCAGAGCACCUGGAGCACUUCUCAGAAAACAUGGAGGACUUCUCCAAUGACCUCUUCAGCAGCUUCUUUGAUGACCCCAUCCUGGCUGAGAAGAAUCCACUGUUGGACAUGGAGCUGGAUCCACCCACCCCGGGCAUCCAGGCGGAGCACAGUUACUCCCUGAGUGGCGACUCAGCCCCCCAGAGUCCCCUCAUUCCAGUCAAGACAGAGGACAGCCCAAGAGAGCUGGAGCACGGAGCAUGGGCCCUGGGGCAUAAGCUAUGUUCCAUCAUGGUCAAACAGGAGCAGAACCUGGGGCCUGAGCUGCCCGGAGACCAGCUGGCAGCAGCCCCCUCAGCAGUGGUGGUCCCAGGCCCAGGCAGCGCCACCUCCGCCGACCUGCCAAUGUUCAACCUCGGCCCACUCUCCCGGCUGCCUGCCCCCCACGAGGCCCCAGGAGAGAUGAUCCAGACGCCUGUGAUCAAGGCUGAGCCCAGGGAGGUGAAUCAUUUCCUCGAAGUGCCUACAGAUGACUUGGUACAGAUGCCACCAACACCCCCAAGCAGCAGCAGCGACAGCGAUGGUUCCCAGAGUCCCCGAUCUCUGCCACCCUCCAGUCCAGCCCGGCCCACGGCUCGUUCAUCCACAGCCAUCUCUUCAUCUCCUCUCCUCACAGCCCCACAUAAGCUCCAGGGGACAUCCGGGCCACUACUCCUGACAGAGGAGGAGAAACGUACUUUGAUUGCGGAGGGUUACCCUAUCCCCACCAAACUCCCCCUCACCAAAGCUGAGGAGAAGGCCUUAAAGAGGGUCCGGAGGAAAAUCAAGAAUAAGAUAUCUGCUCAGGAGAGUCGCCGGAAGAAGAAGGAAUACGUGGAAUGUCUAGAGAAGAAAGUAGAGACAUUCACAUCAGAGAAUAAUGAGCUAUGGAAGAAGGUGGAGACCCUGGAAAAUGCCAACAGAACUCUUCUCCAGCAGCUUCAGAAGCUCCAGGCCCUGGUGACGGGCAAGGUCUCCAGACCUUACAAGAUGGCUGCCACCCAGACGGGGACUUGCAUCAUGGUGGUGGUCUUCUGCUUUGUCCUGGUGCUAGGCUCCAUCAUGCCGUGCCUCCCAGAGUUCUCCUCCAUGUCCCAGACAGUGAAGGAGGAGGCUCCCCUCCCGGCUGUGUACACAGCCAGCCAGAUGCCCUCCCGAAGCCUCCUGUUCUAUGACGAGGGGGCCCCUUCGCUGGAGGAUGGCUACAGCUCCCUGCUGCCCAUGGAACCCCCCGAGGGCUGGGAGACCAAGCCAGGGAACCCCGAGGAGGAGCAGCCCCAGCAGCAUCUCUCCCAUGGCCACCUGGCCAGCUCCCAUGAGGCCACCAAGUACCUGAGCAAGUCCCAGCUAGAGGCCCCGGAGGGGAACGACACCCGCCCCGACUUCAUCCACCCCAAGGAGCAGUUCCACGAGAGAGAGACGCACCCAAAUGGCACCUCAACGUACUUGUAGCGCCCACCAGAGCCCAGGAUGGAGCCUGGACCCCGAGUCACUCUACAGAAGAGGGAACCUGCCUCAGUAUUCCCAAUGUGGUCCAUCAUCCUGCCCAUGCCUCCUCGUCCUUGGAGGGGCCUCCUUGUCCUUGGAGGGGCCUCCCCGGCCUGGGCAGAGAUUCUGGAUGGGGAGAGAGAGAAGAGGCCGGAUCGGGGAGCCCUCGUCUUCUCCCUCUCCCCUUCCUAGCCUGGGGACGUGCCACUUCUCCCAGAGCCCCCCACCCCUUCUUCCCCAUCACCACUACCAUUGAGCUGUCCAAGGAGCUCCCCAUUGUCUCUCCUCCCUCCAUCCCUCCCGGCCCUGGGGCCACAGGGGAUAGCACAAACUCUCCCCAGGGGCCGGGUUGUACAUGGGCACCAUCAUGGCAUUCCCCGGCCCCUUCCCUGUCUCUUCUAGUCAUCUCAGCCCUCGGGGAAGAAGGGGCUUGGAAGGGGUCCAUCCUUCCCAUCUCUCGGGCCACUUUGUCCCCCAGAGGAGUGUCCUAGACCCCCUGGGGGGAGAGGGGAAGGGGAGGCCAGCCCAGAGCACUCGUCCUGUCCUUGGAGUCUCCUGGAGAAGGCCCGGGCACAGCCAUUCCCUCAGCUAUAGGAGGGGCUUUUCCUAGGCCUUCUCCGGGUCCCGAACACCCCCCACCCAUUUAUUUCUUUAUCAUUCCCUCCUUCCCCCCCCCUUCGGCCUAAAAUACCACUGUGCCAUCAGAACUCCCUUGUGCCCGUCCUCUCGAACCCAGGACAGGGGUCUGGCCAGGCCCCACUGCCCCCCCACUACUGUACAGAGACCAAGAACAGAAAUUGUUUGUAAAUAAUGAACCUUAUUUUUUAUUACUGCCAAUUCCCUAAGAUAUUGUAUUUUAGAAGCCCCCCCCCAUGCCCCAUUUCCUUCCACCCCUUUUUCCAUUUUGUAUUUUAUGAAGUUAGUGCGGGCUUAGCUGUUCCAUCCCCCCCCUGGAGACUGGGGGGAGGGGGACGCUCUCCCCUCUCCCCCCUCCCCCGGCCUCCCCCGCUGCCCGACCGCCGGGCCUUUUUAAUUGCCUUCCUCCCCCUCCAUCAGCUGAGCGCACGCUUUAGAGAAGCAAAAUUAAAACAAAAAAAAAAGAUUCAGCAUCAA